AAGCGAGACGAGACGAUUUCAAUGCAUUAGUUCCGGAUCAUCUAGGUAGUUUUUUUAGCUUCUUUUUGCGGUUUUUUGGGGGAUUUUUGGAAAAAAGCUUGGAUUUUUUUGCGGAAAAUGAAGAGCAAAAAGAGGGCGAGGAGCAAAAGUAG